AGUAAUUUUUAAUUUUUAUCAUGUCGGCAUAUAGGAAAUUUACCCAAUCAUUCGUUUUCGAGUUCUUGAACCGUUUAUUUGCAGUUUUUUUUUCUUACUUCUUUACUCCUAUCUCUGUGUGUCACAGUUUGUGUGUGUGAGUGUGUGUUUUCUGUUUUUUUUGAGGGGGUUUCGUUGGUUAGUGUAAAGGGAUAGAUUGAAUCAAGAAAUGGUCUAAAUUGGUGAUUUUUUAGGUGUUUGCUGCAGAGGAAAAAUGAAUAUUGUUGGGAAAAUUUGGGCAAAAGAAAAACUUGCUGAUUGCUAUCUGUUUCUAAAUUGUGGAGGGUUAUUGUUAUGAUUGCAUUUGAUGAUUGUAGAGAAGCUUCCCUAAGUUCAGUUAUUGCGGCUCUCUUACAAUCACAAGGAAAUUAUGAAUUCGAAAGCUAGUUUUGUUGAUGGUUGCUUUUUCCUCGCUGAGAUCAAAUGUAGAUGGUGUCAAUUGCUAGAGGCUUAUGAUAUGAUGCCAACAAUCUGAUAUGUUGAUUGCUUUUUCUGUAUGUGGUGAAGAUGUUGAUUCGCUUGUUAGGAAAAGGCGUGCUUUUCCACUCCUCUCACGCCCGAUGCAAAGAAAGGCGGCAGCAAAUUUGCCAAGCACGUCACACACGGCUCCCAUCUAGCGAAAGGAAAGGCGAAUCACGCCAUGGAAGACUAUCUAGUUUCAGAACUCAAGAUGGUAGAUGAGCACGAGUUGGGCUUGUUUGCUAUCUACGACGGGCACAUGGGGCACGACGUUGCAAGUUACCUCCAACUUCACCUCUUCGACACUAUAUUGAACGAGAGCGAUUUCUGGACCGACACAAAAAAUGCACUAAAGAACGCGUAUCAGAAGAUGGAUAAGGUAAUAUUAGAGAAAUCGGGUCAACUGGGGAAAGGAGGGUCGACAGCAGUAACUGCGAUAUUGAUCAACGGACAGAAGCUCGUGGUUGCAAAUGUAGGGGACUCCCGGGCUGUCAUCAGCAACAAGGGCGUCGCCAAACAACUAUCUGUCGACCACGAACCUAGCAGGGAAAGGAAGUUCAUCGAGAGUAAGGGUGGAUUCGUAUCAAACCUACCCGGCGACGUCCCUCGCGUUGAUGGCCAGCUGGCAGUGGCGAGGGCGUUUGGCGACAAGAGCUUGAAGAGGCACGUGACCUCGGAGCCUGAUAUAGCGGUCGAGGCCAUAGACGACGAUGAUGCUGAGUUCAUCAUCUUAGCAAGCGAUGGAUUGUGGAAUGUCGUGUCGAACCAGGAAGCGGUCGACUCCAUCAAGGCAAUCAAGGACGCUCAUGUGGCAGCGAAGCAUCUCGUUGAUGAAGCGGUGUCGAGGAAGAGCAAGGACGACAUCUCUUGCAUCGUUGUGAGGUUUCAUUAGCCUUUGAUUUGAUCAGUUUUAAUGCUCCCAAAGUUUUUAUAUAGGAUUUGAAGAAGAUUGGGGCAUACUUGUGUAUAGUGUUAUGAUUCCAAAAAUAUGUGAUUCUAUACUUUUGUCGUAAAUCGGCAUUGCGCUUUUCGCGUGUUCAUCCGGUGCCAAGCCCUUCCCAUCCGGUCUUCGUGUUUUUCUUGCCUUCGUGCUGCAUACCACGCCCGACUCGAGAGCGAGUCGUGUAAUGAAGACGUUGGAUCGUGUUAUUAAUAUUUCGUGUGUUUUUUUGUUGUACAAAUCAUCAAACCGGUUCGAUGUCCGGUCUUGUUUAUAAUAACAUUGCUUUAUGCGAAGGGAGAGAAUAAAACAUACUUCAUCCGUCCGCGAAUAA